CGACGUGGAAAGGCAGAGCGGCUCUCAGGUCCUCUGAGUGGUGUGAAACAAAUGAAAUCCAGCGACACAAUGAGAGCACACGGUCAACUUUCAGUCGGAUCCGACACUGAAAGGAAGCAUCUCAGCAAACCGGAGCUCCACAUGUGUUAGGGAGAGAGUCGUCGCCAUGGACGGAGGCUUGAGUGUUACUUUUAUAUCUGUUGCGAUGUUUGUAGGUUCCUUUCUGCUUGGAUUCAUCCCACUGUUGUUCAAACUCUCUGAGAAAAGCCUGCAGUUUGUCUCCAUCCUGGGUGCAGGUCUGCUGUGUGGGACAGCACUUGCCAUCACCAUCCCGGAGGGGGUGGGCUUACUGGAGGAGUCAUGGAGAGCAUCCUCCUCCUCCUACUCUGAUGAGCUGUCCAGUCUGAAUGCCAGUGAAAAAAGCACAUCUGCAGAGAGAGGCCUUCCACCUCGGUUCUUUAUUGGGGUGGCUUUAACUUUGGGCUUCACCUUCAUGUUUGUUGUGGAUCAGAUCGGAAGCUACUUUUUCAUGCACGACCAAAGGUCUCGUUUGCCCAACAGUGUCCACAUCACUGCCACGCUGGGGCUGGUUAUACAUGCUGCAGCUGAUGGAUUUGCUCUGGGUGCUGCUGUGGCCACAGAUCAAGUGACAGUGCAAGUCAUUGUAUUUUUUGCUGUGAUUCUACACAAGGCGCCUGCCGCAUUCGGUUUGGUCUCCUUUCUGAUGCAUGCAGGCCUUGAGAAGAAGUACAUUCAGGGACAUUUACUGGCCUUUUCAGCAGCAGCACCUAUAUUUGCUAUCACCACUUACUUCAUAUUACAUGCAUCUGGCAGCUCAUCUCAGAAUCAGCUCAGCACAACAGGUGUGGGAAUGCUCUUCUCAGCUGGGACGUUCCUCUAUGUGGCCACAGUGCACGUUCUCCCUGAGGUCAGCAGCAGCAGGACAGGUCAACCGACGUCUGACCUGCAGCAGCACAGAGGUCAACCGUCCUCUGACCUGCAGCAGCACAGUGGAGCUGAGACCCACCAGCAGCGACACCUGGGGCUGCUGGAGAGCCUCACUCUCAUCCUGGGUGUGGGGCUUCCUAUGGUGCUGGCUCUUGGGCUGCAGGAUGAUUGAGAAGGGAACAUUGGGACAAUUAGGUUUAGUGCAAAAGGGCAUAGUGCAACCAGGUCUGAAUGGAAAACUCUGAGCGCCUGUCUAAUAAUACACUGUACUGUAUACCACAAUGACUAGGAGACAAUGUUCCUUGGUAGAGUUUCACCUUAUUGUGUUCUGAUUUCAGUGAAACCUGCCUUUUGAGUCCAGUGGUAUUGUUUGUUUCCAGUACUAGUUCUCGGUGUACUGAAUUUCAGCUCCAAGAAAACAAAAAGAGUGUCAUUUGUUGUCAAGGCACCCUGAGGACAUGCCAUGUUUAGAGGGGAAAAUCCCAGAAACUGAGCAGAUUUACAGGAACAACCAAAUAAUUUGAUGUUAUUCACACCAGAUGUUCAGCUUGUUCAUGUGCAAUAGCACAAAUUACCAAGAUGUGAAAAUUUUGUGCGACUGUAGAAUUACUUUUAUAGCUGUGAUGCUAAGAGUUGUUUUUUCUUUUUUUUCAGAAUGAGUGAUAAAGGGGUUGUGGGUUUUUAAUGUAACAUCUUCAAGUACACGUAGUAGGUGGAGUGCCUCCACAUCUGUUAUUGUGCCUAUAAAGUGUUCAUCCCCCUUG